UUCUGCGCGCACGUGCUUUUCGGCGAAGAAAAAGAAAGAUGGGGCGGGUUAGAACCAAGACAGUAAAAAAGGCGUCUCGGGUCAUCAUCGAGAAGUACUACACUCGACUCACGCACGAUUUCCACACCAACAAACGCGUCUGCGAGGACAUAGCCAUCAUCCCCAGCAAGAGGCUGAGAAACAAGAUUGCCGGGUUCGUGACGCAUCUCAUGCGGCGGAUCCAGAAGGGACCAGUCAGAGGCAUCUCUAUCAAGCUCCAGGAAGAGGAGAGGGAGAGACGUGACAACUAUGUCCCCGAUAUCUCUGCUCUCGAGGAAGACAUUGUAGAAGUUGAUCCCGAGACCAAAGAGAUGCUGAAGAUGCUGGAUUUCGGCAACAUAAACAUUCAGGUCACGCAGCCUCAAGGGAUGCAGUACAGACGAUAGGGGGUCAAGGGGAAGACUCCUAUCAUAAUUAUGUAUAGUAAUGACAAAACGAUUUUCAAUUUCUAACGUGAAAUAAAAAAGGUGUUUGAUGAUGGAUAC